UCGCCAGUGUGUGCGUGAGGUUGAGCGAACGAGAGGGAGAGAGAGGUGGAAGAGGAAUUUAGGAAUUUUUUCGUCUGCAAACUUGGAACUGCGCGGUUGCUCAAACAAUGGCCUAGAAGACUACCCAGCUGCUCGCGUGUCCUUUCUGUGUUUGUAUCGUCAGCUUAUGAGCAGGACCAAGUCACUACAACAGAUACGCCGGUGGAACAGCAGAAAUCACAGCCAUCAUUCCCUGCAGCCCCUCCACUCCCACAGCUGACCCAGCUAACGGGAGCAGGAUGGAGACUACAUUUGGUCCAACCUUCUCAGCUGUGGCUGCUGGAGCUAAAGCAGAAGCAUCAAGCUCCUAUAAGCAGCACAGAAGAACUCCCUCUUCCUCCAGCACGCUGACAUAUUCCCCUCGGGAUGACGACGACGGAAUGCCACCCAUUGGUACUCCGAGGAGGUCAGAUUCAGCCAUCUCAGUGCGAUCUUUGCAUUCGGAGUCCACCAUGUCUCUGCGGUCUACUUACUCUCUGCAAGAAGAGGAGGAAGACACGGAGCCACAGGUAUUUGCUGAACAGCCCUCCGUAAAAUUGUGCUGCCAGUUGUGCUGUAACGUUUUCAAGGACCCAGUCAUCACCACAUGUGGGCACACCUUCUGCAGACGUUGUGCCUUGACUUCAGACAAGUGCCCUGUUGAUGCGGCGAAGUUAACGGUUGUGGUCAACAACAUCGCCGUAGCCGAACAAAUCGGCGAGUUGUUCAUUCACUGUAAAUACGGCUGCAGGGCCACAGUCAGCGGUGCAAGUGUCGGUGCGGCCUCCAAUGCCAAUGUGGCGGGGAAGCCGGGAGCGCAUGAGGUGGAUCCACUGGGCUGCCCGUUCACUAUUAAACUAUCCGUGCGCAAAGAACAUGAGGCCAGUUGUGACUACAGGCCGGUACGGUGCCCCAACAACCCCUCUUGCCCCCCGCUCCUCACCAUGAACCUGGAGGCUCAUCUGAAAGAAUGCGAGCACAUUAAGUGUCCCCAUUCAAAAUACGGGUGCGCUUUCAUUGGCAACCAGGACACAUAUGAAACACAUCUGGAGGUGUGUAAAUUUGAAGGACUGAAGGAAUUUCUGCAGCAGACUGACGACAGGUUCCACGAGAUGCAGUUGACUUUAGCCCAGAAGGACCAAGAUAUUGCUUUUCUGCGCUCCAUGUUGGGAAAACUAUCAGAGAAAUUAGAUCAGCUAGAGAAAAACCUGGAGCUCAAAUUAGAUUUGUUGGAUGAGAAUCAGAGUAAACUGGGUGAGGACCUUAUGGAAUUUCGUCGAGAUGCCUCUAUGCUCAACGAUGAGCUGUCCCAUAUCAAUGCUAGACUCAACAUGGGGAUCCUGGGAUCAUACGAUCCCCAGCAGAUCUUCAAGUGCAAAGGCACAUUUGUUGGCCACCAGGGGCCUGUAUGGUGUCUGUGUGUCUACUCCACUGGAGACCUGCUUUUCUCUGGUUCCUCAGACAAGACUAUCAAGGUAUGGGACACGUGCACCACCUACAAGUGUCAGAAAACCCUGGAGGGACACGACGGCAUCGUGCUGGCGCUCUGCAUCCAGGGAAACCGCCUCUACAGUGGCUCUGCAGACUGCACCAUCAUUGUAUGGGACAUCCAGACUCUGCAAAAAGUCAACACCAUCCGUGCCCAUGACAACCCUGUUUGUACACUGGUCUCCUCCCACAACAUGUUGUUCAGCGGCUCCCUCAAGGCCAUUAAGGUGUGGGAUAUCGUGGGCACAGAGCUGAAGCUGAAGAAGGAGCUGACUGGGUUAAAUCACUGGGUCAGAGCAUUGGUGGCCUCCCAGAACCACUUGUACAGCGGCUCAUAUCAGACCAUUAAGAUUUGGGACAUCCGCUCCCUGGAAUGUGUCCACGUCUUACAGACCAGCGGCGGGAGCGUCUAUUCCAUCGCUGUCACCACCCACCACAUAGUCUGUGGCACCUAUGAAAACCUCAUCCAUGUGUGGGACAUCGAGUCCAAAGAGCAGGUGCGGACCCUGACCGGUCACGUGGGGACCGUCUAUGCGCUCGCUGUCAUCUCCACGCCUGACCAGACUAAAGUGUUCAGUGCCUCCUAUGAUCGUUCACUCAGGGUGUGGAGCAUGGACAACAUGAUCUGCACCCAGACCCUGCUCAGACACCAGGGCAGUGUCACAGCUUUGGCUGUGUCCCGAGGUCGCCUUUUCUCUGGAGCGGUGGACAGUACGGUGAAGGUGUGGACAUGCUGAACAAACCCCAGCGGUGUUGACAUACUUGCGUGUGUCAGCGAGACCUUAAGACUCCAUUUCCUCCUCGUUUGUUUGUCUUCACGGCCACAGUCCUAAAAGUAUUUGCUUGAAGACCGUGGAGGUCGUCAUGCCUAACGGGUCCUCAGGGACCCCCUCAUCACACCACGUGCAUUAUGACGGACACAGACGUUGCCUGUAAAUGCAGUCGGUAAGAUUUUAGUGACCUGAUGGACUGACGAAGGGUAACGCACACUGCUCGAAGAACUUGUCACGGCUGGUUUCACAAACAGUGUUCAUGUUCAAUGCAGCCUCUUGAAUUUCCUAUUUACAGUAUUGUGUAAAGUGAGAUUCCACUCCACAGUGACUGAGGGACAAAUGUCUCAUUAACAUCUCUCUGCUCUUGCUAAGCUUUGUGAAACCAGCCUUUAACGGAAUAAGUUGCAUCAAAUGUAUGUCAUGCUGGUCAGUCCGGUACUUGUGUAAAAAAAGAAAGAAAAAAAAUACAAAUAAGUUUUUAUGAGUGCCAUAUAUGUAAGGAGCUUGAGGACAAUUGUCUAACUCGGUGUAACGCACAUUAGUACCAAACCACGAGCUUUGUGUGCUAACGCAGGCGACAGGUAGCGAUGGUGGAACCAAUAAACUCCAAGACAAAGUGCCACUGAGCACAUGUGACGUGCAAGCACCCAUAUUGGGUUAAAUAUCGGUCCGUAGUCAUAGCAACGUGUCGGCAACAGCCCACAUCAAAUUUGAGUCUGCCGCACCCACAGAACUUGUGACAUAAACAUUUGAAGACGUAAACAUUAGAGGACUCUCACAGAUGUUACUUUCAUGUUAGUGCACAUAUGACCACUACGUCGAUAUUUCUUGUAUACGUGUAAUCAUGUGAGCUUGACUUGAUCAUCGAUCAAUAAAACUGUUGUACUCUUUGGCAACGACUUGUAUUCAAACAAUGGAACUCCAUGUCAUCCUCUCUCCUUUUAUUGGUGAAUUGCCACCACUCGAUGGAGCAUUAAUGGCAACAUUUGAUCCAAUUUGAACCCCCUGCUUGAAAAGAGGUGUUUAGUAGUCCCACUCCGAUGGUAGAGAUGUGACGUUCACGAACGGGGAGAGUCUUUUGAGUGAACGAUAAGAGCCAAUUCACAGUCAUGAGCCGUUGUUUAUGCACAUGCAGAUACAGCGGCAACUAGACUGGAAAAUUAGUCAAAGAAAACAGCAUUUGGAUUCAUUUUUUUAUGAAUUUUAAUUGUUUUCAUUUAUUUAUUUUGAUCCACUUUUUUGAUUAUUUGUUCUACUUUAUAAAGAAGUUCAAGCGUACACAUGCCACAUAUUUUUUGUGAACAUUUUUAUUAGGUUUUAACUAGAGAUGUCCGAUAAUGGCUUUUUUGCCGAUAUUCUGAUAUUGUCCAACUCUUAAUUACCGAUUCCAAUAUUAACCGAUACCGAUAUAUACAGUCGUGGAAUUAACACAUUAUUAUGCCUAAUUUUGUUGUGAUGCCCCGCUGGAUGCAUUAAACAAUGUAACUUUACCAUGAAUUGAAAAACGUAUUCGGGUGUUACCAUUUAGUGGUCAAUUGUACGGAAUAUGUACUGUACUGUGCAAUCUACUACUAUAAGUUUCAAUCAAUCAAUCAAAAACAAGGUUUUCCAAAAUAAGAGAACAACUUCAACUCCAGUUAUGGAAAAAAGUGCCAACAUGGCACUGCCAUAUUUAUUAUUGAAGUCACAAAGUGCAUUAUUUUUUUUAACAUGCCUCAAAACAGCAGCUUGGAAUUUGGGACAUGCUCUCCCUGAGAUAAUCCUGAUACCCACUACAACUAUGGGAAAUACUAUACUUUGACUUUCACAAAGUGCAUUUAAAAAAUUUUUUUUUUAAACAUGCCUCAAAACAACAGCUACAAAAACAAUGAAGGCACACAGCUUCAGUCCAGAGUAUACUAGAGCAGUGGUUCGCAACCUUUUUUCAGUGAUGUACCCCAUGUUUGUUUUGGUUGAAAAAAAGAGAUAAAGAAGUAAAAUACAGCACUGUCAUCAGUUUCUGAUUUAUUAAAUUGUAUAACAGUGCAAAAUAUUGCUCAUUUGUAGUGGUAUUUCUUGAACUAUUUGGAAAAAAAGAUAUACAAAUAACUAAAAACUUGUUGAAAAAUAAACAAGUGAUUCAAUUAUAAAUAUGUCCACAAAAAAUCUAGCUGUCAACACUGAAUAUUGCAUUGUUGCAUUGUAAUGAAUGGAAUAGCCUACUUGAUUUGAUGUUCAGUUUAUCAACUUACAUUCAUAUUUUCUUGAAGUAUUAUUCAAUAAAUAUAUUUAUAAAGGAUUUUUGAAUUGUUGCUAUUUUUAGAAUAUUUAAAAAAAAUCUCACGUACCCCUUGGCAUACCUUCAAGUACCCCCUGGGGUACGCGUACCC